ACCUGGGGAAAUAAUCGAGGAAACUCAAGAGAUUCCUCUCCGUAGCUAACUCUAGCUAGCCGACUAAUCUCCUGAACAACGCAGUUGGGUUGUUUUUUGGCCAUUUCAAUGCCUAUGUCUUCUGUCCUUUAUAUUUCAGUGUGUUUCUAAUAGGCCGUCAGUGUCAAAAGUGAGGCACACACGGAGGGACAAGUUUAAAAUACGCUGGAUGUUUGUCCACUGUUGCUUUCUCCCAGGAUGCUAGCACAUAAGCAAGCCAACUAGCUAGCCAACCUGCUAAGGUAGCCAAAUAGCAGCACUGUCCGGAUGCUUUGAAGAGCAACGCAGCGGAUUUCGGGGAGUUUCUAGUCGGACUCGCAUGAUGUCAGGCAACCGGCCACAGCAGAGCCCCGGUGGGGCGAGCUCAGUGCCCAGCACCAGCAGCAGCAGUAGCACGGGUAACUCAAACAGUAGCGGUGGGAGCAACGCCGUCACAAGUAAUGGGAACAAUUCUGCAAAUGUUGUGCCCUCCCGGACCCUACCAGCAGCCACCGAGGGCGGCUUGGCAGUGCCAACUUUGGCCGCCGUACCCUCUUCUCGGGGCGGCUUUGCUUCCCUGAGCAGACCCUCUGCCUCUUCAGGCAGCCGAAAGAAAUCCCACCACCAAGCACCCCUCUACAACGGCCUCUUGAAUUCCUACGAAGAUAAAAGCAACGAUUUUGUCUGCCCAAUUUGCUUCGAGAUGAUAGAAGAGGCACACAUGACAAAAUGUGGGCACAGUUUUUGUUUCAAGUGUAUCCGCCAGAGUCUGGAGGACAGCAAUAGAUGUCCCAAGUGUAAUUAUAUUGUCGAUAACGUUGAUCAGCUUUACCCAAACUUUCUUGUAAAUGAACUGAUUCUUAAACAGAAACAGAGGUCGGAAGAGAAGAGACUAAAACUAGAUCAUCCUAAUGGGUCUCGGUGGCAGGUGUUCCAGGAUGUUUUGAGUCCUGACCAGGAGAACUUGGACCUGGCAAACGUCAACCUGAUGCUGGAGCUCCUAGUCCAGAAAAAGAAGCAGCUGGAGGCGGAAUCCCAAGCCGCUCAGAGACAGAUCCUUAUGGAGUUCCUCAAAGAAGCCAGGAGAAACAAGAGAGAACAACUUGAGCAACUGCAGAAAGAGCUCAACUUUCUCGAGGAGGACAUUAAACGUGUUGAGGAAAUGAGCGGCCUGUACUGUCCAAUGAUGGAGGCGGAGUGCACGGUGCCUAAUGUGGAGGCUCCAUCACCAGCACCUAGCUGCAGCAGUAUUAUUGAGGCACCAGACUACAGCCAGCCUCCAGGAUUUGGUGGAACAACCCAGGGCAAGAGACAGACCUGGUACAACAGCACCCUGGCGUCACGGAGGAAGAGGCUGACUGCUCAUUUUGAGGAUCUGGAACAGUGCUACUUCUCCAACAAAAUGUCACGCAUCACAGGUAAAUGUCCGUUAGUAGAGGGAGUAUCUUUCUCUCACAGUACAAAUGCAGUUAGUGUAGAAACAUCGCUAGAAAUGUGUACAGGCAGUGAAAACAACUCCCUGUACCUGUACUACAAAGGCCUUUCCAAGACACUGUUAACAUUCAAGUUUGACACGGUGAAGAGCGUUCUGGACAAAGACAAGAAGGAAGACGACACCAAUGAGUUUGUCAGUGCUGUCUGCUGGAGAGCUCUGCCCGACGGAGAGUCAAAUGUACUGAUUGCUGCAAACAGUCAAGGAACCAUCAAGGUGCUGGAGCUCGUCUGAAGGCCCACCAUGUCUCCAGUGUGAUAGAACUCCCAUGAGCCUCUCUUCGUUGGGCAGUGGAUCAGUCUGAUGCAGACCAAGGCUGCCUCGGAGAGCUGAAAUAAAUUGAACCCGUCUUAUUUUAAUGAGCUACUGCAGAAAGACUUUGGACGGAUACAUCGGCAUAGCAGGAGAAGAUGUACUGUCAUUUCACAGCCCAGAGACGAGGACCCGGCCGAGGCACGCAACGGAACAAGAGACUUCAGAAAGCAUUUUUGUUUCUUUUCAGUAAAGUUAUAUCGACUAAAAUACAACGCCUCCUUAUGGUUUUAGGUCAAUUUAAAACAUGUACCUUUUUAAUCAAGCUAUUGCUCUCAAGGGUACAUCCAGCCAAAUGCUACUUGUGUGAUGCAUUUCCCCUUUUAAAGGCCAAAGCACAAGACAAGAGGACAUGCAAGAAUGAUGUCUACACAUGAAGCUUUUAAACCCUCUCCCGCCCUCAUUGUUUGUCAACCGCCUGUUUUCUUUCCCCUUUAUGUGUAGUUUUUCAGAUUGGAAGAAACCAGUUUUAAUAAAUAUAACUUGAAUUUCAUUCUGUCAAGCGUAUCGUCAGUUCCUUUUCUGGCAUUGGAGUGCAGAAUGAGGUAGUGUACAGAAGUCAAGGAAGACCAAUUGUUUAUGUUGCUAUUGACACAACCUGUUUGUGAUCACAGUGAAACUUGUAUAACUUAAGGCAUUGACCUGCAGUGCUAGAUCAAACUGGAUUAUUUUCCACGUAUGUCAGCUGUUUGUUGCUUGUUGAAAAUGAGAACCUCGCAGUAUCUGAUUUUGUUCUAUUUUUAAUGUAGCAAUGGAAUUACUGUUUGCGUACUGUAGGGUUGAAACAUCUGCAUUUUAAUGCAAACUCCUGUGAGUUUCUGUUAAUGGGUGAUCCAUGUUGACAACAUUGACACAGAGAGGAUUUGGUAAACACCGCCAAUACCUACCUAUUUUAUGAUAAUUGAGUGAGAGGUGUUUUGUAUUUGUAUAACUGAAUAAAUUAUUUCAAAACAA